GCCAAAUCCAACCCUACCAUCUGCAACAAAAAAAACAAUGGCUCCUCUCUCUUUUCUUGGCCCCCCCGAACUCUACAUUGCCCGAGCCACCACGGAGGCGCCCUCGGCCGCUACCCCCUCCAGCGACCCCUUUGUUGAUGCGAUGGUGGCGGACUUCAACAAAUUCGCCUCCUGCCGCCAUCCGGAGCCUCCAAUGGGCCUCACAGAGAAUGGCUCUGCCACCUACCUCUCCUCGGGCAACCCCUGCCUCGACUUCUUCUUUCACGUCGUGCCCGACACCCCACCUGAGUCUCUGACUGAGCGCCUCGCCCUCGCCUGGGGCCACGAUCCCCUCAUUACACUUAAACUGAUAUGCAACCUCCGCGGGGUCCGUGGAACCGGGAAGUCCGACAAGGAAGGCUUCUACACGGCUGCGUUCUGGCUCUUCAAGCACCAUCCGAGAACCCUUGGAUGCAACGUGGGGCCGUUUGCCGAAUUUGGGUACUUCAAGGACCUGCCUGAGAUCCUCUACCGCCUCCUCGAAGGCUCCGAAGUGAGGCGUAUCCAGAAGGAGGCGCACAAUGGAGGGAGGAGGCCGAGGGUCAGUAGUAUGUUCUCGACCCGAGGAAGGCAUUUCCAGAUGAGGCACCGGACCUUUGGUAGAAAAGGAAAGAGCGCGAAAUCGAGGAAGUCGAAAUCUUCCAUCCCAAGGGAAGUUCGGGUUGCUGCCGCGAUGGCCAGGUCGAAGCAAGAAGAAGAGAAGGCAAGAAAAAACCGACUAAAAAAGAAAAUUGCCAUGGCCAAAAAGGUGAUCGAUCGGUAUAGCCGGGACGGGGACUUCCGCUUCCUAUAUGACCGCAUCUCAGAGCACUUCGCCCAGUGCCUAAAGGCAGACAUCGAAUUUUUGAACUCCGGGAAGAUAAACAAGAUUGGGCUUGCCGCAAAGUGGUGCCCCUCCAUCGACUCAUCUUUCGACCGAUCCACCCUCCUCUGUGAGAGCAUUGCAAGGCUAAUUUUCCGCCGGGAGUUGUGUCCGGAGUAUGAAGGCAUCGAGGAGGCCCAUUAUGCGUACAGAGUCCGUGACAGGCUGAGGAAGGAGGUUCUCGUACCACUGCGAAAAGUCCUGGAACUGCCUGAGGUUUAUAUUGGGGCAAAUGACUGGGGCUCGAUCCCGUAUAACCGGGUGGCUUCCGUGGCAAUGAAGCUCUACAAGGACAAGUUCAUGAAGCACGACAAGAAGCGCUUCCAGGAAUAUCUCAUCAACGUGAAGUCAGGCAAAACAACGAUCGCUGCUGGGGCUCUGCUGCCGCAUGAGAUAAUCUCAUCCGUACACGAUAGCUACAGUGAUAGCGAUAGCGAAGGAAACAGUGACAGCGACGGUGGAGCAGUUGCUGAGCUCCAGUGGAAGAGGAUGGUGGAUGACCUGCUAAAGUCUGGGAAGCUCGAGAACUGCGUAGCUGUGUGUGAUGUCUCUGGUAGCAUGUACGGGAUCCCCAUGGAGGUCUCGGUCGCGCUCGGGAUCCUGGUAUCGGAGCUCAGCAAAGAGCCAUGGAAAGGAAAGGUUAUCACGUUCAGCGAAAGCCCUCAGCUCCACUUGAUCGAGGGAGAUGAUCUAGCUGCCAAGUCGCGAUUCGUGAGGCACAUGGAGGAAUGGGGGUACAACACAGACUUCCAGAAGGUAUUCGAUCUGAUACUCAAAGUGGCGAAGAAUGGGAAGCUGAGUUCGGAUCAGAUUGUGAAGCGGAUUUUUGUAUUCAGUGACAUGGAAUUCGAUCAAGCGUCCAGGAAUCCUUGGGAGACCGACUAUCAGGUGAUCAAGGAGAAGUUCAGGAAGGCAGGGUACGAGGAUGUGGUCCCUCAGAUUGUGUUCUGGAACCUGAGGGACUCGACGUCGACCCCCGUGUGCAAGGACCAGGAUGGCGUUGCCCUAGUCAGUGGCUUCUCAAAGAACUUGCUCAAGAUAUUCCUCAACAACGGUGGGCAGAUCUCCCCGGAUUCAGUCCUGCUCGAUGCGAUUUCUGGGGAGGAGUAUCAAAAACUCGUUGUAGUGGACUGAUUAUAGAGUACAUGGAUUUUGAGUUGUACUCUUCAUUAGAAUGGAAUAAUAACCGAAAGCUUUGAUUCAUGCGACAUUAA